AUGUCUAUUAGACAAGUGUUUUGUGAUUUGUAUGGCAAAGUAAACGUAGCUAUAAACAAACGAGCGUACCAGAGUUCAUAUCAUGACGUGUAUCGAGCAAGUACAGCUGUUGAUGGCAUAACCGUUCAACAAGGCAACAAUUUUAUGCAUACCCGCAUAGAGAGACCUUACACGUGGUGGGAAGUGGACUUAGGUCAAAUGUCGUUCAUCCGUGAUGUGGUAAUCUACUUCAGAGUUAAGUUUACGUGGAGACGAAACGGAGUCCAGGUGUAUACUAACACACAGGAGAGAACGUCUAACAAUGGGCAUCUGUGUGGUACUGUGACUGGUAGACCAGACGGAUCUGACAUUCCUGACGUGGUGAAUAUUACCUGUGACGUCAACGCGAGAUACGUGACAAUCUACCAAGACACGGAUAAUGGUGAAUCAACCGCCCUGGACUUCCUGGAAGUUGAAGUAUAUUCAUGCGAGGAGAACGUUGCGUAUGGAACCCACUGUAGCAAACUGUGCAGUGACCGGAAAUGUGCCGACUCGCCUGCACCUUGUCAUUUACAGACUGGAUCUUGCUCUGGUGAAUGUCGAGCAGGCUGGAGCGGAACUGACUGCAUAGAUGAAUGUCAGAAAGGAGUAGCUUAUGGUGUUGGCUGUGCACUGAGGUGCACCGAUCGCCAUUGUCUAAAAACUUCAUCAUGCGACACAAAGGAUGGAACGUGCAUUGGAGGUUGUCUACCAGGGUGGAUUCUGUCAGGUUGCUCAGAAGCUUGUAGAAAUGGGUUAUAUGGACCCAGAUGCUCACGGUCAUGUGCAGAUAGACACUGUGACGGCUAUUCACGCUGUGAUCACACGGAUGGGAAAUGUGAAACAGUUUGUGAAGUUGGGUGGAAGGGCGUCGACUGUGCAGUAUGUGAUGGGCGAUAUGGAGUUAACUGUAGUUUAGCCUGUGGUAAGAGAAAUUGCAAGGACAACUCACCAUGUGAUUUCCAAUCUGGAGAGUGUGUUGGGGGAUGUAAACCUGGAUGGACAACUUUAACCUGUACACAACAAUGUGCCGUUGGAAAUUAUGGAGCGGAUUGCCAAAAAUUAUGUCAAAACCGAAAGUGUCAAGGUGACCAACAGUGUGGUCCGGAGGCAGGGCAAUGCUCUGGUGGUUGCCAGGAAGGGUGGAGUGGAACAGCUUGCACCAUUCGUAUCGAUUCAUCGACUGGUGUCGUUGUGGGAAUUGUGGUAGGCGUGGUGAUUGUGGCUAUAGUGAUAGCCCUAGUAGCCGUUGUUCUAAUUAGAAAACGCCGAAUACUUAAUUGUGAGACCAAGGGAACUGACACAUCAAAGGAUUCGAAAGUCAAUUGUAAUUCUAGAAAUGAGUACGUCAAUAUUGCUUUUCCAAAUCUACAAGUGUCUAAUGGAACUGAAGAACUCGCAGAAACGAAACCAGCUGACGAAUGUUCUACUCAAGUGAACCUUGAUUCGACACUGGAAGAGGUGGAUGAACAAGAAGACAACCUUAAUGACACAUCGGGAACAGAAUACUGUAACAUAUCUCACUUCAGCCCUCCACAGGGUGGUUUUGUGGUUAGUGAUCUCCCUCAAGUUUUGGAGAAGAUUCGAAACCAACCUGGAGGUUUUGAAACGGAAUACAAGAAACUGCCAAGUGGAUUCAACUUUCCGUAUACUGAAUCCCAGCUUCCGGGAAACAGAGGGAAGAAUCGAUUCCGGGGCUAUUAUCCGUAUGACCAGAAUCGCGUGGUUUUAACAAUGUUGCCAGAAGUGCCUCAUUCUGAUUAUAUCAACGCCAGCUACCUGGAUUCUUAUUCAGAAAAACAGCAUUUCAUCGCAGCUCAAGCUCCAAACAAAAAUACUUUAUCCGACUUUUGGCGAAUGAUAUGGGAGAAGGACUGUGGGAAUAUCAUUAUGUUGACCAACCUUGUCGAAGAUUUAAAGGAGAAGUGUCAACCAUACUGGUCAGAUACAGAAAUGAUGACGAUUGGCCCAUUUUCAAUUGUUGUCGACGAAAAACAAGAAAGAGUUGAUGUUGUUUAUAGAAAAUUAUCUGUCUCACAUAAAGAGUCUGGAAAAUCCAAGACAUUUCAACAGCUCCACUUCAUUGCGUGGCCUGAUCACGGAGUUCCAAACGUCCACGACUUCAUAGAGUUUAUGUGGAGAGUUCGCAAAACAAAACCUACACUUCCUGGUCCGGUUCUUGUACACUGCAGCGCUGGAAUUGGUCGAACGGGAACUUACAUUGCUCUAGAUAUCCUAAUGGACGAGAUGGAGGCUACAGGACGUGUUGAUGUCCUGAAUGUCAUGACAAAAAUGAGAGAUCAGCGUAAAGGUCUAGUACAGACCAAGGAGCAGUACGAAACAAUUUUCGUUGCCCUAAUUGAAGUUGAGAAGUUUGGUGACACCAGCCUAGGCUAUCACGAUUUCGAAAACCAAUAUCCAAAGCAGAAGGAAGCUUUGCUCAUGGGGAAGAAAACAGUAGAACAGCUAGCACAGGACAUUGAAGCAUUGAACGAUACUGCAUAUGAAGAUGAUGCUGACAAAUAUAAAGUCUGGAUCGAUGAUGAAGUGGCAAUGUGCCCACCGUCCAGACUAUUAAGAGAUGGAUACCUGAUAGUACCAGAUAGUGAGGGAAAAGAGGAAACUUUGUGGAAACUUGUUUCAGAAAGCGAUUCUUACACCAUCGUUACUUUGAGCAAUGAGACGGGUGUUGAUCGUAUUCCACAAGCAAGUCAGACCAUGACACACGGCAAGACGACCAUCACUGCAGUCCGCCAGACGUCAGUCACUCACGAGAUCACUGAGGUGACACUGGAUGUUGAGACGGAGGGAGAGAAGCGGCAGAUUAAACGUUACAGUAUCAAAGGAUGGCUGCACACAACUGAUUCUUCAACUCUAAUAUCCUGUCUGACAACAAUGGUUGAGAAAAUACAGUCGCAACAAGAGCAUGCGGGAAUGCAUCCCAUCACUGUUGUAUACAGUGAAUCACAGGCUAAAAACGCCAUAACUAUGUGUAUCACAAACAACAUCAUGACUGAUAUCAGGCUAGACACAGAAGUUGAAAUAUUCCGCAAUGUCAGGAGAUUCCAGGCAGUGCUACCAAAUGUACAAUUAACAAAGAAAGACUUUGAGUUAUUCUGCAACAUUGCAUGUUGGAACCCAGAAGAAUCCUCAGUGUAUGCCAAUUGUCCUCCAACUGGGAACUAAUUUGGGUCUACAAACCAUAUGUGACAAUUUAGGACAUUGAUGGAACCAUUUGUGUAUAUCUUGUUGAACUAUGUGUAUGUCAUAUAGCUUAUAAAUAAAUGAAAUAAAAUAAGUUUUAUCUCAUAAUGUAGCAUUUUGUGUGUGUAAUGUAUGGUCAUUGCACGUAUACAUUUUUUUUACUAUUAAAUUACUUUCCUAAUAUGGUUAAUCCUUGGUGGGACACCAACCAUGUAUCAUAUUUAUAUUUACUAUGAUGUUAAGAUACCCUUCAUCCAUCGAAUACAAUUUCCAGCAGAUAUUUUAUUAAAAGAAGCCGUAACUUGUUUAUUAUUUACUGUACAUCCAAUAGCUGUGUGAAGACAAAUCGUAGUGCAGUUUGAAAACGUCAAUAUGUUUUCUUCAACAUUUCUUUUUUUGGUAAGUAUAUGUUGAAAACAGGUUUACUGUUUCUAACGAUAAUUUUAAUGUACAUUAAUGCAAUACGAAAGAAUAAUGCUUUACAAAUGUAUUCUGCAGUUCAUCUCUUAAAGAUAUAGUUAAAAUUUACAUUUGAUGCAUUUUAAUUGCGUGUGUGAACCUAGCCUGGAUACUCUGCCGCCGUUCAGCGGUAAGAAGUCCGACAACACCCACUUUUAAUAACGUUGCUAGCAUAGGUAGGCCCUGGCGGGUUUCUGUCUAUAGUGUGUGAUAUAGUUCAAUAGUUGUUAUCGGCGAGCUCGGAAAUUAUAAAUGUAAAGGUAUUUAUCGUCAAACAUAGGCGUCGUGUUGUAUUAGAGCGGGAUUGUUUGCCUACCGUUUGGUGGGCAGCCAUUCCAUGUUUUCUCUAUACAAUUAUCUCUGGCUGCAGAGAGCGAUCAUAACCAUCCAACUUUUCGUCCAGCUCUCGGACGGCAGAAUACCACGACUAGUGUGAACCUAGCUCGACCACGAUUAUUGUUCCUUAUUUGUUGACGGAAGGAAGGAAGGAAAUGUUUUA